AUGACCAUCGGCGAGAUAGACAUCAAAGAUUACUUCGACCAGGAGACGCUCGAAGCUUUGGAGAAAGCCUUCCUGGAGUUCGACACGAGCGGCGACGGAUCCAUCGGGAAAGAUGAGCUUCGUGACUUGUUCGCCAAACUCGGCAAGACAUUGACAAAGAAGCAAGUCGAUGCAAUCGUUCGGGAGAUCGAUUCUGAUGGGAAUGGAGAGAUCGAUUUCGAGGAGCUCUGCUACCUUGAGAUUGUUAUGUCUGGCGCACGGCCUCAGGCACAUCUGAUCGACUUCAAGACUUUCCUGCCAGAAAAGACCAUCAAGCAGUUGGAGCAGUGGUUCUCGUUGAACGACAUGGACGACUCCGGGAAAAUCUCCAUUGAUGAUGCCCUGAAAAUUGCGGAGCAGCAGGACGUCAAGGUUUCAAUGGAUGAUGUCACGGCCCUCCUGUCGGAGGUGAAAUCUGCAGCCGACGGCUGGUUGGACUUGCCUUCCUUCUGCGCGCUCUGGACAUGCAUGACAAAUGCCCAGAAGAUCAUCAACUAUCGCGAGUAUCUUGAAGCCGAGGAGGUCGCUGCUUACAGGGCCAUGUUCCAGGAAGCUUGCGAGGGCGGCAAGGAAGAGUUGAACCGGAAGCAGGUCUCUGACGUUUUGCGGAAUACUGGCCUGGUCCGGGUACGCCGUCACCUUACGCGGAUCUGGGAGGAGAUGGCCAUCGACAAGAAAACGAUGUUGGACUUCGCACAGUUCUGCGUCGUGAUCGUCCGGCUCAUGAAGCGGCGGAAGUAUCGCGAAGUGAAUCCACAGACCUGCACUUGUGCGGGACUCUACGAAGAAGGCUUCACCGUGAAGGAGCUCCUGAUGUCGGGAUUCAAAUUGAAAGACUUCGAAGCCAUCAGGAUACCAGCCAGAAAACUCUACCAAGAUGGGGGGUUUUCUGCGCUGGAGCUCCGUCGAGUAGGCUACACGGCCACGGACCUUCGACGCGCUGGUUUAGGUAUCGUUGAGCUGAGGAGCUGCGGCUUCUCUCUCUCAGAGCUUCGCACGGCAGGAUUCUCGGCAGCGGGGCUUGCCGAAGCAAACC